UAAAACUGACUGCAUUGGGCUUGUCCUUUCGUUCGUCCUCAGUGAAGGAUAACGGUGAACAUCAGUAACGUAGUGGAAGUUUGCCCGUAAAAAGCACUUUAGAUUCACUUUGGCACACCACAUCCACUCUGAAGUUGUCACAAGUGGAUCACGAGAUUUGGACAAUCAACAAUGGACACCAUCAUUCGACGCUGCCCGUUCCUGUCCCGCGUGCCCCAGGCCUUUCUGCAGCAGGCUCGCAAGUCCCUGGUGGUGUACGCGCAGAAGUGCCCCGUGAUGAUGGAUCUGGCCUCCAGGCCUUUCGCCCGGGCCCUGUCCUCCUCCUCCUCUAGCUGCCAGAAGGCUGAAGACACUAGCUCCACCAGUGAGGGCCCCAAAGGAUUGCCAAAGAUGCCCCCUGGGCACCCCAUGCCCCCUGCAGGCCAGGCCGUGGCCUCUAAGUGCCCCUUCCUGGUGGCAGAGAUGGGGCAGAAGAACAGCAGCGUGGUGCGGCAGGCCAGUUUGGAGCUGCAGGAGGAUGUCCAGGAGAUGGAUGCUCUUCGCAAAGAGCGCCCUGUGACCCCCCCUAUGGUCAAUGUCACCAAGGCUGACGGGGAGGACCCCAACAACCUCCUGAAGAAGCUCCUGCAGCAGCGCCCCACCAGGGUGUCUCAUCUGCUGCAGGAGAACAUGCCCAAAUCAAUUUCAAACUUCCACUACGACAAGUUCUUUGAGAAGAAGAUCGAAGCCAAAAAGAACGACCACACAUACCGUGUGUUUAAAACUGUGAACAGGCGGGCGACCACCUUCCCCAUGGCGGAUGACUACACGGAAACGCUCACUACCAAGCGCGACGUGUCCGUUUGGUGCAGCAACGACUACCUGGGCAUGAGCCGCCACCCGCGGGUCAUCCACACUAUAAUGGACACUUUACGGAAGCACGGAUCCGGAGCUGGGGGCACGCGGAACAUCUCCGGGACCAGCAAGUUUCACGUGGACCUGGAGCACGAGCUAGCAGACCUGCACAACAAGGACGCAGCACUGCUCUUCACUUCCUGCUUUGUGGCAAAUGACUCCACCCUCUUCACCUUGGCCAAGAUGCUGCCAGGCUGUGAGAUUUACUCCGAUGCCGGGAACCACGCCUCAAUGAUCAUGGGCAUCAGAAACAGUGGCGCCAGCAAGUUUGUCUUCCGUCACAAUGACGCCAAUCACCUACGAGAGCUGCUGCAGAAGUCUAAUCCUUCAGCUCCGAAGAUCGUGGCCUUCGAGACCGUGCACUCCAUGGAUGGUGCUGUGUGUCCGCUGGAGGAGAUGUGUGACGUAGCCCAUGAAUUUGGCGCCAUCACAUUUGUGGACGAGGUGCACGCAGUUGGCCUGUAUGGACCCAGGGGAGGUGGGAUCGGAGACCGCGACGGAGUCAUGCAGAAGAUGGACAUCAUCUCUGGGACUCUCGGCAAAGCCUUCGGCUGCGUGGGAGGCUACAUCGCCAGCACUGCCGCCCUGGUGGACACAGUGCGCUCCUACGCCGCCGGCUUCAUCUUCACCACCUCGCUGCCGCCCAUGCUGCUGGCGGGCGCCAAGGUGUCGGUGCAGACGCUGAAGGGCGAGGAGGGCCGCGCGCUUCGCCGCAAGCACCAGCGCAACGUCAAGCUGCUGCGCCAGAUGCUGAUGGACUCGGGCCUGCCCGUGGUCCACUGCCCCAGCCACAUCAUUCCAGUCAGGGUUUCAGACGCAGCGAAGAACACGCUGGUGUGUGACAUCAUGAUGAGUAAGCACAACAUCUACGUCCAGGCCAUCAACUACCCUACUGUAGCCCGGGGGGACGAGCUUCUCCGCAUUGCCCCCACGCCUCACCACACCCCACAGAUGAUGAACUACUUUGUUGAAAAGCUGGUGGAGACCUGGAAGGAGGUGGGCCUGGAGCUGAAGCCCCACUCCACCGCCGAGUGCAACUUCUGCCGGCAGCCGCUGCACUUUGAGCUGAUGAGCGAGAGGGAGAAGUCCUACUUCAGUGGGAUGAGCCAUCCCAUCAGCGCCUGCGCCUGACCCCCACCCCCCCUCUACAAGCCCACCCGUCUCUUCUUUUUUCAGCUGUCAUAACUUAUUUAUUUUAAAAUUCAAUGUAUACUGUAUGUAUGGGAAAUAAAUGCCAGAGAGGAAGAAUGCUGUUCCGUGUGUUUUUCUCGCAAGGAAGAACAUGUCAUUCAACCGGAAAUGCAAAAUUGCAUUUGUUUUGUCUUUGUCAUCUGCAGACUUCCAGUAAAAGGCGGGCACAUUUUUUGUUACAUUUUUUAAAAUGUUGCAUACAAAUUUACAAUAUUGUAAGGUGUGGUGGCUGUAAUGCAGUUUUCUUUCUAGUAUUUCAUUUGUUUUCAUUCACUGCAAGAUAUUUCAUCCUCAUACUGUUCUAGCCCACACUUGCAGGCGUUUGUGGUAUCCUUUCAAUCAGCAGCUAAUUAAGUUAACAAAGUUAACAAAUUAACAAUGUGUAUGAAAUUCUUUAGCCAAUCAAAAAUUGGGAUGAGUGAGUGCAGAAACCUAGCAGACACCUGCCCUCCUGGACAUCUAUGGCAUAACUAGUGGCUUCAUUAAGUCCUGUAUCCACCUCUGGGUGUACACAAACUCACAGGUCAGAACCACAGGUUUGUGAAGACAUAGUUCUAUUCAUCAGCUGCCAUAUUUUGAUAUUUAUAGAGUAAUUUAAAAAAGAUACCUACACUACUAGGCUUCACAGUAGGCACUCUAAAAUGUUUAUGAAGUGCAAUGCUCCCCUCAUGCAAAUCAGCACA